CUUGUGACCCACAGGCGGACAUGUCACCUCAUGAUGGACAUCGGUGCGGCCCUAGGCGGGCAGACUUCGACUGGUGCAAAAGCCCCUCUUGGUCGGCUCCCAACAAACUGGAGACGGGUUUCGACCGUAGGGCCCUGCACGUCGGCGACUGGGAUGGCAACGGUAAAGCCGACAUCAUUGGUGUCAACAGACGGACCGGUGCCCUCACUGUGUGGUUCAGCAAUUGGGAUGGCACCAACUUCAACUGGGACAAGCAAGUUUUGGCAAACACCGACAAGUGUAACCAGGGGUUGGGUCGUGGAUACUUCGACCAUGGCGCUUAUUUUGCCGACAUUACGAAUAACGGCCGAGUCGACUAUCUGUGCAUGGAACCGGAUGGCCGCACUACCGCUUGGCUGAACAGCGCAAGUGGCCUCGAGAAUGUUGGACAAGUCAAAUUCACCGAGGACCUGGACCGAGCAAACUUUCGUUUCGCUGAUGUCAACGGUGAUGGAAAAGCUGACCUCCUGUGGACCGACAAGUUCACCGGAGACGGCAAGGUAUGGUACAACGACGGCCGAAGACCGGAAAGUGAGCGAUCCGAGAUGAAGGGAAGCAUCUUUCACUGGACGAAAGUGGACACUGCCGUAUACCAGGGCUCUUCGCGCGGCCCAAACAUGCAGUUCCCAAGUCUUGGUGACCAAGGACGUGCAGAUAAGGUUGAAGUGAACCCCACAACCGCUCAUGUAAGCUUUCACCCUUGAUCUGGCUUUUGAUGGGCGGGCAAUCUUCUGACUCUUCCUAAGGCCUGGAUCUGGUUCAACAUAUGCCCUUCCGGAGGUGACGAUGUGCCCGAGGGCGAGCCAGUUCCCGAUCCCGGUCUGCCUGACUACGUUCCAAUCGAGAUCCUACCACCAGAGGCUCACCCCGAUGAUGAAGAUGAACACUUUUUCUGUAGCAAGAACGGUGCAUCUUGGACUCCUCAACUGUGGAAUGACAAGAAAGUUGGAUCUUGGUUGACCUCCAG